AUGCCGGUAGCCAUUGCAUGGACAGUCAAUCAACCCACAAAUCGCACACCAUCGGCAGAAAUUAUCAAGCGAUUCCAUUUGGUUGGCAAACAGCUUUCGGGUGUCAGAUCCCUUAUCAUUUCCCCCCAUUGCGAGGAAGACGACGACUAUACCGACGCCGGCAACCUCCCCAUUCGAGCCUUGGGUGAUAUCAUGACCAUUAAUUGCCGAACACUUCAACACGUGGCACUCCGUCAAGGACUGCUGUUAACGGGCAGCGAACAAGACUACCAAUACACAUGUCGAUGCAUUGCAGAAACCAAGCAGCUCCAGAGCUUUCAAAUGUUGGGUUGUGGUGUCUUCAAUGGAGAUAGACUCUUGGAUGUCGAAUCCUCAUUGACCGAUUCGCUCUUUGCAGCUCUUGCAGAGCUGCCUUUGCUGGGAUGCGUCGAAUUGGAUCGCAUGUCACUGAACACUCCAGGAGGAUUGACUCGGUUUUGUUCCAAUAGUGUAACAACAACCCCAUCUCUCAAGCUCAGCAACACGCUACCGUCGGAGCAGGAACUCUUGUCCAUGUGUGAUCAUUACUCCAGAUUGGUCAAGCUAGAGCUGUGUAACAUACCCAACAUCAAUCAACACAUUGAACUCAUGGCGUCGAGUUUGAAACAGAACGUCACAACGAAACAGUUGGAAAUCCAUUGUCCGCGUCAUCUCAGUUGUGAAGAGGCAAUGCCAAUCUGGAACAUGUUGGAAGAAAACCAUGGAUUGCAAACCAUGGGACUGGCUCUACAAUGUUCUUCCGAGUACGGCUACAAGGAACCAAUGGGCAAGGCUCUCCAAAAGAUGCAAUCCCUCCAGCAGCUUCAUCUCCAUUUGCAUGAUGCCAACCAGACAAGACGGCUGGAAAGCGCCUGCUUUCUCCUUGAACACUUACAGCGCAAUCAGUCUCUGACAGAGUUCCAGUUAUGCCUAGAAGAGUACGGAGAGUCCCUUCAUGAUCUUCAAUGCAUCUACACGGAAAGACUCAACGAAAGCAUUGCUGGGGCUCUCCAAACGAACGCGACUCUACUGAAGGUAUCCUUUUCCAUCAACCGUCGCACGUGUAGAACACCACUCUCUGAGGAUGUUGAAAUUUGGUUGCGGUACAAUCGGGCUGGACGACGUUCUCUUGAGCUGCAUCCAGAGGACCGCCAACUUUGGGUGCGAACCAUCUUGAAGCACACGGACGAUACACCUAUUGUGUUUCAGAUUCUCAUGGCGAAUCCAGCGCUAUGCUUGUCGCCGGCAAGGACAGUUAGGUCAACGCAGCGAAAGAGAAAGCGGUUAUUGCAGUCUUUUGAGGGAGGAAAUAGAAGCCACAUGCAAACGAUAGCUUAA